AUGGCCAAGCUAGAACUUCUUUCUUUCUACCUUAUCCGCGACCAUUUCGUGGUUGAAACAGAAACGGCAUCUUCUGUGUCCGAGAAUCAAAUUAUGGAGCCAAAGGUGGAAAAUGCUUCAUCACUAUCAGCUGAAGAACUUGAAAAGAAAAAGAAGAAAGAAGAAAAGGCAAGAGAGAAAGAGUUGAAGAAAUUGAAAGCAGCUCAAAAAGCUGAAGCGGCUAAACUUCAGGCCCAACAAGCAACAUCAACUGUUUCAAAGACAGCAAAAAAGAAGACCGCAAAGAGAGAAGUUACAGAAGAAAACCCUGAGGAUUAUGUUGAUCCAGAAACUCCCUUGGGGGAGAAGAAGCGUCUUUCAUCUCAAAUGGCAAAACAAUUCAACCCAACUGCUGUGGAGAGCUCGUGGUAUUCAUGGUGGGAAAAGUCCGACUUCUUUGUGGCAGAUUCCAGCAGCACUAAGCCACCGUUUGUUAUCGUUCUGCCUCCACCAAAUGUUACAGGAGCUUUACAUAUAGGGCAUGCUUUAACUGCUGCUAUUCAGGAUACUAUAAUCCGAUGGAGAAGGAUGUCUGGGUAUAAUGUUCUCUGGGUGCCAGGAAUGGACCAUGCUGGGAUAGCAACACAGGUGGUUGUGGAAAAGAAGAUAAUGCGGGAGAGAAAGUUAACAAGGCAUGAUGUUGGACGUGAGAAUUUUGUGGCUGAAGUCUGGAAAUGGAAGGAUGAGUACGGAGGGACCAUACUCGGACAGUUACGUCGUCUUGGUGCAUCACUUGAUUGGUCUCGUGAGUGCUUUACAAUGGAUGAGCAGCGAUCUAAGGCUGUGACAGAAGCCUUUGUGAGGCUUUAUGAAGAAGGUCUAAUAUACAGGGAUCUGCGUCUGGUCAAUUGGGAUUGUGUAUUGCGAACGGCAAUAUCUGAUAUUGAGGUUGACUACGUGGAUAUUAAAGAAAGAACGCUUCUAAAGGUUCCUGGAUAUGACGAGGAAGUGGAAUUUGGAGUUUUGACUUCAUUUGCUUAUCCGUUGGAAGGAGGACUAGGUGAAAUUGUUGUGGCUACAACCAGAGUGGAAACAAUGCUUGGUGAUUCAGCUAUUGCUGUACAUCCUGAUGAUUCCAGAUACAAACAUCUUCAUGGAAAAUUUGCUGUCCAUCCAUUUAAUGGAAGAAAGCUUCCCAUAGUGUGCGAUCCAAUACUCGUUGAUCCAAGUUUUGGAACUGGUGCUGUAAAGAUUACUCCAGCCCAUGAUCCCAAUGAUUUUGAGGUAGGAAAACGUCAUAAACUUGAGUUUAUCAACAUCCUUGAUGAUGACGGGAAAAUAAACAGUAAUGGUGGUAAAGAAUUCCAAGGAAUGCCUCGUUUUAAAGCCCGUAAGGCUGUGACUGCAGCUUUACAAAAGCAGGGACUAUAUAGGGAAUCAAAAAAUAACGAGAUGCGCCUUGGUGUAUGCUCCCGUACUAAUGAUGUCGUGGAGCCUUUAAUUAAGCCUCAGUGGUAUGUUAAUUGCAAAAGCAUGGCUACAGAUGGUCUUAAUGCCGUCACUGAUGAUGCAAAUCAGAGAAUUGAAAUCAUUCCAAAACAAUAUGUUGCUGAAUGGAGGAGAUGGCUGGAAAACAUACGUGAUUGGUGCAUCUCGAGACAGCUUUGGUGGGGUCAUCGUGUUCCUGCAUGGUAUGUUGUACUGGCAGAGGAUGAACAGAAGGAACUUGGUUCAUACCAAGAUCAUUGGUUGGUUGCCAGAAAUGAAGAAGAGGCCCAUACUCAGGCUGCAAAGCUAUUUUCGGGGAAGAAAUUUGAGAUUUUCCAAGAUCCUGAUGUUCUUGACACUUGGUUUUCGUCUGGACUUUUCCCUUUGUCUGUUUUAGGUUGGCCAGAUGAAACGGCAGAUCUCAAGGCAUUUUAUUCUACAUCUGUUCUUGAAACUGGACAUGAUAUUCUUUUUUUCUGGGUAGCCAGAAUGGUGAUGUUAGGUAUGAAGCUCGGAGGUGAUGUACCUUUCAGAAAGGUCUAUUUGCAUCCCAUGAUUCGUGAUGCACAUGGGCGAAAGAUGUCAAAGUCACUAGGAAAUGUUAUUGAUCCUCUUGAAGUUAUCAAUGGGAUAUCCCUGGAAGGUCUUAACAAGAGACUGGAAGAGGGUAAUUUGGAUCCUACUGAGCUGAAGGUUGCAAAAGAGGGACAGUCAAAGGACUUUCCUAAUGGUAUUCCUGAAUGUGGCACAGAUGCUCUUCGGUUUGCUUUGGUCUCUUAUACAGCACAGUCUGAUAAAAUCAAUCUUGAUAUUCAACGUGUUGUUGGGUACCGUCAAUGGUGCAACAAGCUCUGGAAUGCUAUACGAUUUGCCAUGAGUAAACUUGGAGAUGGUUAUAUUCCGCCAAAACAAAUAUCUCCAAAAGCUAUGCCAUUUGUUUGCCAAUGGAUUCUCUCUGUACUGAAUAAAGCCAUUUCUAGAACUGUUUCAUCCUUGGAUUCGUAUGAGUUCUCUGAUGCAGCCAGUGCUGUAUAUUCAUGGUGGCAAUUUCAACUUUGUGAUGUCUUUAUUGAAUUAAUCAAGCCUUACUUCACAAAUAAUGACCCCAAAUAUGUGUCUGAGAGGGGUCAUGCUCAAGACACUUUAUGGACCUGUUUGGAUUAUGGACUCAGGCUAUUGCAUCCAUUUAUGCCGUUUGUUACAGAAGAACUGUGGCAGCGUCUUCCUUCGGCUAGUGGAUCUGUGAGGAAAGAAUCCAUUAUGAUCGCCGAAUAUCCAUCAGUAGUUGAGAGUUGGACAAACGAGAAUGUUGAACUUCAUAUGGAUGCAAUUGAGUCCGCGGUAAAAUCACUCAGAUCACUAAGGGCAUUGAUUCCUGCAAAGGAAAGGCUACAAAGGAGGGCAGGAUUUGCACAAUGCAAGUCAAAUGUGAUAGAAGAAGUUAUAAGAAGUCAUGAAUUUGAAAUUUCGAUACUCGCAGCUUUAUCAUCACUUGAGGUUCUUCGAGAAACUGAUGCUGCGCCUUCUGGCUGUGCUGUGUCUGUUGUUAACGAAACACUUUCUGUCUAUCUUAUGACUCAAGGAACUAUCGAUGUUGAAGCAGAACAUGAAAAGCUUCUAAAAAAGGUGGCUGAUAUUCAAAAACAAAGGGAUAGCUUGCAGAAGAUGAUGGAUGUUUCGAGCUACAAAGAGAAUGUCCCACAACACAUUCAUGAAACCAAUGUUACAAAGUUAGCUACUCUUAUGCAAGAACUGCUCUCUUUUGAAGAAGCCAAACAGCACUUAGAACGUCAAAUUUCCGCAGACACAGCAGCUAAUGACAUUUAAAUUUCCGCGGAGAAUACUUGAGAAUCGAAAAGAUUUAACAUAAAUUCUCAAAUUUCGAGUUAUUUUACAUGUUUGUUUGUAUUUUCUAACUCCUUGGAUUAUUGUUUUGUGAAAAGCUAUCAAAAGCUUGUAAUGUACCUUUUUUUUAUUUAUAUUGAAAUACAAUAAUUUGUUUUGCU